AUGGUACCGUCAAUUUUGUUCUCGGAGUUGAUUGGUGAAAACAGCGUUGCCGAAAAGCUGUCGCCGAAUGUUGCCGUCGCUGGAGCGUCUACUGUGCUUUAUCGGAUCUGUGUUUUGGUGACCGUCGCCGGAGCCGAUCCUAGUCCUGCCGGAUCAUCUAAGCGUAGAGAUUUACUUCACCAUCACCAAGCUGAAAAUUUAAAGAAAUUACUUGAGUUCGGUGAAGCUCAUACCGGACGAGGAUUACGUCAAGAACUUCGACUUCAAAGAUCGGGUGAUACUCGUUGGGGAUCACAUUUCAAAACAUUGAAUAACUUUCUUGUUAUUUUCUCAUAUAUUAUUCAUGUGCUUGGAGUGAUUGAAAUUGAAGGUUCUACCUUAAGUGAUAGAAAUCAAGCGGAAUAUCUUUUGAAAAAGGAUUUUACAAAUAAAAAAAAAGAUCAAGAUAUUGUUAAUGCCGUGGAGUUUCUUAACAUCUCAAAGAAAAGAUUGCAAGAUAUAAGAGAAAAUGGGUGGGAAUCUUUGUUGGAUGUAAGCCAGUUAACGGGCCGGGCCGGAUCAACCCGGAACCGGCCCAUCACUUUUAACCGGGUUGUGGGUCGGUCUGGUUCCAAGCCUGGUUUAACGGGCCGAUUCGAUUCCGAGCCCAAUAAUGAGCCUUAUUUUCCUGAAAAGUCAAAGCAUAAGUGUUUGGAUGUUUGUUAUUCACACCAUUUGCACGUUGAAAUCUUUUGUGUUGUCAUUGAUGUGCAACUUCAAGAGCUUAAUGAUUGUUUUGAUGUAGUGAGUAGCGAUCUGCUUCUUGGGAUGGACAGCUUGAAUUCUGUCAAUAAUUUCUCUAACUUUGGUAAAGGUAGAAUCAUGACUUUAGCAAAGUGUUAUCCGAAUGAGUUUGAUGAUGAAAAGCUUCGAGAUUUGAGUUACCAACUUGAUACUUUCAUAAUUCAUAUGCGAGGUGGUAAUUUCAAAUUCUCCAACUUGCAAGAAAUUCGUAAUUUGACAAAGGCAUUAGUUGAGACAAAUCUUGUGGAGAGUUAUUCACUUGUUUAUUUACUUGUGAAGUUGACUCUAAUUUUACCGUUGCUACGAUAA